AUGGAAAACCAACACAUCAAUAUUGAACAAGAAUCAGAAACAUCUGUAUCUAAAACUUUUAUUGAAAAUAAAGAUGAAGAAAAAAAUGAUUGUAAAAAUAUUAAUAAAGAUGUUGAAAAAAUAAGUAAUGAAGAAUCAUUAAAAGAUGGUGAUAAAGAAUAUUUUCAUGAAGAUUCAACACAAGAGGAUACUGAAGAAGAUGUUGAUGAUGGUUGUGUUCGAGGGCGUUUUACUUAUAGAUCAGAUGAUGGACAGUCUGAUUAUAACCCAGAUGAUGAAUUAGAUACUGAAUUAGAUUUUAAGUUAGAAGAAAAUAUGAGAGAAUUACGAUUGCAAAGACGGCGUUUUGAAGAUGAGGUAGAAGAUCAUAAUCUAAAUUUACGCCAUCCACCAAUAUUACCAAAGAAAGUUAAUAGAAACAUGGAUAUUAUUGAUAGAUUAACAUUAGCAGAAAAAGAAAUGGCAAAAAAAUCUCCAAAAGAGAAAACAAUAAGUGAACUUUAUGCUCGUGAUUGGUAUUUUGGUGAUAUUGUCAAAGAACAAGUUCCUAUUAUUAUUAAGGGUCAACCAGAUGGUGUAUUUUUUAUUAGAAACUCAACAACUCCCGGAGAUUUUACUUUAAAUUUUAAUUGUAAUGGUGAAUUAAAGUUAAUAAAAAUAAUUAUUGAUGAUGAUGGAAUGUGCCAUUUUCAAUCUCAUUCAACUAAAUUUGAAAAUAUCACAAAACUUUUAGAACAUUUUAAAACACAUUCAUUGGAAUCAUACAAUUCAACAUUACCAAUAUUUUUGAAACAUCAUAUGUCUUAUGACAAAUAUAUUGCAGAGAAAAAUAAAACAAAAGUUAAACAUGUAUCUGUUAUUCUUCAUGAAAUGUAUGGUAUUCAUACAGAGAGUGAAAGAAUUUACAAAAGAGUUGAAAAAUUAGAUAUAGAAAAAAGUGAAAUACAUUGUAAAGGAACAAUGUUACAGAGAAAUUUAUCUCAAGCUAUUGGUGCUGAAAUAGUUUAUCGGGAAGCUAUAGAAAAAAUGAAAGCUGAUCUUCAUGAUCAUCCAGAAAAAGUUCAUGAUCUUAAAAUUGUUAAGUCACUUGAAGAUAACAUUCUUAUGCAAUUAGGAAGAAUUCAGGAAUUAAGGGAGGCUCAAGCAAUGACAAAAGAAGAAAUGAAAGAAUUGAAAAAAGUUCUAAUGUUAUAUGAUAAGAAAAAACAUGAUUUAUAUACAAGAUAUUAUAAAUUAGAAAAGGCACGUGAUGGUUUAAUAGAAAUAUUAUUAUCAAAAGAAAUAGAAAGUAUUGAUAUUCAAAAAGGUAUUUGGGAGGCUACCUCAUUAGUUGAUUAUGAAUCAUUACAAUUGAGUGAAUUCUUUUUGGAUGUAGAAUUGCCUUUUAAUAUUGAGGAUUGGUUAAUAAUUGAUGCUGAUAAAAAUAAGGCUAUUGAAUUAAUACAGCAAUCUAUGGAUAGGAAUCCUAAUGAUUCAGAUGGUAUCUUUUUAAUUCGUCCAAGUUUUACAAAACAAGGUUGUUAUGCAUUAUCAUUAUCAGUUAAGGGAAAUAUUCGCCAUUGUUUAGUUGAAUAUAGUAAUUCACAUGAUAUUGAACAAUGUGGAUAUGGAUUCAUGAACUCAAAUUUAUAUUUUCCAUCUAUGGUGGAUUUUGUUAAAUAUUAUUAUCACAAUAGUAUGAAAGAUCACAAUACUGAACUUGACAUUACCUUGAGAAAAACUGCUUUACAAGAAUGUUAA